AUGCGAGCAAAGGAUGUGGUGGGGUUAUAUUUAGCUGCACGGCAAGAAGCUUUCAAGGUCGAAAUGGUCAAACAGGCAUGGCGAAAAUCUGGGAUUGAUUCAAAUCCUGAAGGUUCGAAGGUACAGUGCAAUCCAUCCAUCUUCACGGCAACCGACUUCGCUCCAAGUGUCUCCACUUCAACUCAAGUACAUCUCCUGGAUGGAUUUCCAAUUGCCAGUACAUCACUGUCUACUCCUGGUGCAUCAUCAUCCACUGCUAGUGCAUCAUUGUCUACCACUUGCGACUCACCUUAUGAUGUGUCCGAUGCACCCAAAUCUUGCUUUGGCAGUGACGAAGAAGAAGAUGACCCGGAUUUGCCAGCAGGUAUGCCAUCGGCAACCACGACAUCCUCCGCCAUCGCCAGACUCCCGUCUCCCAGCUUGAUUGCAGAUGCAUCAGCCGCUCCGUCAACACAAUUGCCUGAUCUAGGCCCUCCACCCCAAUACAAUGAUGACAGCUCAGAUUCUGACUUCUCGGACACGGGCUAUGAUUCGGAGAUUCGAGAAAAGCUCGCAAAGCUCAGAAGACAACGAAAUAAGGCUCGAGAACAGCGCGACACAGCUGUUUCACAUGCAAUCUUGGCUGGUAAUCAUAUCAAGUUGCUUCAAGCCAGGCUGAACACAAAGACGUCCAAGAAGCGCAACGGUCGCAUUGUGCAUAUUGGCGGCCGCGUGACUAUGUCUGAUGAAGCGCGUGAGGAGGCUUUGCAACAGAAGUUAGCGCGUGACGAGAAAGCCAAGAAGACACAAGAGACCCGACAAAAGCAGGAGGAUGCACGAGUCGAGCGUGCUCGUCAUCAGCAGAACAGCCGUACAGGUAUGAAAUUCGCGGGUGCCUUGAGCAGCCAGAAGCUCCCUGUUCUUCGUGACAUUGCCUGGAGCUUGGAGCUACCAGAGGACGGUAAGAAAGACCAGCUUAUUGCCCGCAUUAAGGCCUACUUUGACAGGGACGAGAACUCGGUGCUUUGUAACAACAAUCAGUUUGCCGAAAUAUUCGCAACACAUGGUUCGAAGUGGUGCGCAGCUGUCCUUACUCAGGAAAACACACGGAAUGACAACAACAAUGCAGAGCCGGGUCCUAGUCAACGACAGUUUGCGGAGCCUCUUACCAAUGCACUCUCAACUCCUGCACCGUGGCAGUACAAUCCACUACCAUAUGCAGGCUCAGCACAGUGGCCAGCACCAUAUGGCACACCAUACGGUAUGCCGUAUAUACCUCAGUCAUCUUUUACAGUGUGCGAGCAGCCUGUGUCAACAACAGCUCAUGAAGAGUCACACACUCCUGUACCAGCUCUUACAUACCCUCAGUAUUCCUUCUCUCAUGUACCAUAUGGACCUCCAUAUACUCAGAGCUAG